GCUACAGUUUAGUACAGUUUAGUACAGCAACAGUGAGGAGACAGACCAAACAUACAGGUUAAAAAACGUUUCCAGAUCUAGAAGAAGCGCUAUAAGCUUUAUUAGCAAACCUGUUCGUCUUUAGCAAACAUGUUCGUCUUUAUGGGACUUCAUUGCAGUUCUGGGAGGAUGUUGUAUAAAACUUUUGUUAUCCUGGCAGCCGUGCAUGCGGUUUCGUCUGCGGUUUAUAACGGCAGCUCCAUCGUUAGGACCUUUGCCAGGAGAUUAGUCACGGAAGGGCCCCUGGUCACAGACGAGCAUAUAGAUCUAGACCUACUGGACUACUACCCAAACGAAGACAGAAAUGGGCCCGGAGGCAGACUCAACAAUGGGUCCGCACCGGGACAGAGAGUUGGAUUUAUUAAUGGUUCCACACUGGGACAGGUGGAACUGGGCUCGGUCAGGAAUGUUACAGGAGUCUGGUCUUACGCUAUUUCUGUUACGGCCAACGACUUCCUCACAGGCCGUCUGUCCACCAUCUUCAUCCCAACGCUUUACACCAUCGUCUUCCUCAUCAGCGUGCCCCUCAACACUGUUGCCAUGGUGUCUUUUGCCCGACGGAUCCGGCCCAUGAAGCCAGCGGUGAUCUACAUGCUGAACCUGGCUGCCGCUGACCUACUGUUCACCCUACUGCUGCCCUUCAAGAUCGUCUACCACUACAGUGGCAACGACUGGGGCUUCGGCGAGGGGAUGUGCCGCCUGGUCACCGCCGCCUUCUACUGCAACAUGUACUCCUCCGUCCUCCUCAUCACCUGCAUCAGCGUGGACCGCCUGCUGGCCGUGGCCUACCCCAUCAACUCCCUGGCCUGGAGGACUCCAUGUAACGCAGCCCUGGCCUGCAGCUCCAUGUGGCUCCUGGCUGUGGGCGGCUCGCUGCCCCUGGUCCUCUCACAGCAGACGGUCUACUACGACCCACUGGGCAUAACCACCUGCCAUGACAUCCAGGACCUGAAGCUGUUAGAGGGGCGCUACCUCUUCUUCUUCCCCAUUCUCUCCUGCACCCUCUACUUCCUGCCGCUGUUCGUCAUGGUGACCUGCUACUCCCGGGUGGUGCAGGUGCUCAACAGGGCUCCACGCGGCGUCAUUGGUCGUUCAAGGCAGAAGGCACGAGCAGUGGUGAUGGUGGUCAUCGUGCUGGUGGUGUUCGUGAUCUGUUUCACGCCCACCAACGCCAUCCUCCUGGCUCACUACCUUCAGAUUGCCAGGCGGGUGGCAGGGGAUCCGGACGCUACUCAUGUGGCCUACCUGGUGUCGCUGUGUGUGGGGAGCAUAAGCUGCUGCCUGGACCCCCUGGUCUACUACUUUGGCUCGUCCCGGUGCCAGAGGCAGCUUGCGGGGGCUCUGGGGUGCCGGGCGGCCGCAGAGGGAGAGAAGAGUCUGGCCUCAUCCUCUGGUUCCUCCAGGACCAGCACCAGAGCAAGCACCAGGAUAAGUAAGGUGGAUGCCUUCCAGGCCAGCCUCAGCAGCCAGUACAAGCAACUCCUGGUCUGAUGGAUGGGGAUACAGAGAGCUGUUUCUGAUUCAUUAACUAAAGUGAAGAAUAGAUAUUUAGUAUGUACACUGAGUAUACCAAACAUUGGGAACACCUUCCUAAUAUUGAGUUGCACCCCACCCUUUUGCACUUAGA